CUGCUGCCGGGCUCAGCGUUCUCUCCACUAAUACAUUUCCAGUCAAAAGCUAGGGCUAUUUUGGACAUCUCCCAGUUUUCCCCUGAAGAACAAUGGCCUAAAGAAUGUUGUGAUACGGUGGCAGCGUUUUGGAGUGGUCCUGAUAAACGGGCCCUUCCUUCGGUGUGAUUGAUGUCGAGACAAAGCAUUUCGGGACAGUAACAGAAGAUAGUGAGUGUGUUGUUAGCGUUCACUCUACGGGACUUCCCUUCCACAGCAAACCCAUGGUGCAAUACUGGCCUCAUCAAUGACUAUGCUGAAGCUGAAGCUUCUGUGUAAGUUCUGUGACGUUGAGUCUACCAGCUGUACGGGCACAGGGAACUGUAUGACAGACUGUAGCAUCACAUCCAUCUGCCCCCAUCCAGAGGACGUGUGUGUCAGCAUCUGGAGGAAGAAAGACAACAAUGUCACCAUAGACACGAUAUGCCACAACCCAGCCCAUAAGCUGCAUGGUCUGGUGCUGGAGGACUAUAACAACAGCAAGUGUGAGAUGAGGGAGAGGAAUGACAUAGGCUCCUAGUUCUUCAUCUGCUCCUGCUCCGAGGACGAGUGCAACGACCACCUUUUCUUCCCCCCCUAUUUUUUUUUAUAUACCAACUAUGUUACCCAUCGGUUGGCCAGUCCUUAACCAAAGCCAAUCAAGACAAGAAUCACAGACUAAUGUCAACUCAACUGUCAAUCAUAUCAACUGUACUGUGAUUCCAUCUGAACAACUUAGCAUGCCAUGUACCAUCAUCUGAAUAUAAAGACUCAGGUCAGAUGCAUUCGCAUGAUGGAUGACUGGUGGAUUGUGUUGAGCCGUGGAGUGAAAAUUUGUACACGUUUUGUAUGUGCUACUGCUAACAUUGGCAGUCGCGGCCUGUAUUGUUUUUCCAUGAAUGUGAAAUAUAAUGCCAUAUUUCCAUUCAUUUGGAAGACUACUAAUAUAAUAAAUACUGUACCUCACA